CUGGCUACGGCUCAGCGACAUUUCUUCACCGCUGCUGCAGCCCGUGCACUUUUUAUUCGCUUUCAAGGUCUAAACAAUUGAAACAAUAGCAAAAUGGCUCAUCGCGACUAUGUACAGGACAGAGAAACGUUCCUGUCGAAGUUUGGCAAGUGCGACGAUGACGGCAAGAAGCAAUUUGUUUAUAACUCGCAGCUGGUGAAGCUGGCGCAUAGGGAGCAGGUCCUGAUCACCAUCGAUCUGGACGUUCCCGAAGUUCAAUAAGAGCCUGGC